UUUAGAUUUACCCGAGACCCAUCAGCUGUUGAUGCGAAAUUGAGAGCACCUAUGUGCAACACAGAGUUUGUAGUUUCUUGAUUGUAACGGAGUGAGCCAUCUAAUCUUGAGCUCGAAGCUUGGAAACCAGGUGUGACACGACGAAAAAGCCACAUCAUGGCGGAUCGAAACUCUGCGCACGCAAGGGGCUUCUCUUACAAAAGAGGAUUUUCUCAUGUCAGAGGUGGAACCAAUUCUGACGACCACAAGUACAAUUGGAAUGACAACAAAGACGAUUGGAAAAAAAUCGAGUUGAGCACGAGUCAGCUCCGGUUUACGCAGGACAACAUCAGUAAGGACUUUCAGCAUGGUUACGGCUCGGUCACCGAUUUGAUUGCUGAAUUCCGACGCCGUCCAAAUGAAGAUCCUGAAUCUAUUUUGCAAGGCAACAUCCUGGAAGUAGCUCGGCACCCAUCAGCGCGUUUCAGUCCUGCUGCAGACACAGACUCUGUAUUUUACGCGCUUUCUAACCGUCGCGCUUACGCAUACAUGGUUGCGAAACCAACGACACGUGUGCAGGCUUACGAGCUAGUAAACCCUCGACGAGUGCAAGAGGAGUUUGCGUUUAAGUUUUCCAAUCUAUGCAUGGGAAACUGGAUCACACUAGCGCCCAAAAAUCACAAGCGCGAGCUGGAGGACCGCUUCGGCAUGGGGAUCGUUGAGCGGUCCGUCCCGCUGCAUCCUGAUGACUACGGUGUUGUCCACACAGCAAAGGCUGACUUACUUAAAACGCACAACCUCGCAGCGCUGCGCCUGCACGAACCAUUUCCCGGCGACCUCUUCUGUGCGUCCCCGGCUGCGAAAACCGACACGGGCGGUUCACGUGUAGGUGAACUUGCGGCGCAAAUUGUGGCUCUUACAAAGGAGGACGCAUGUCGUUGCGGGGCUAUUCUGUUCGAGAGAUACACUCGGCCAAGGCUUGAAGUCGGGAAAGCGACCACUCCGGGCGCUGCAGCAGUGUCAAGCGAGGACCCUUUGCGGUUGCACAGCCGCGCCGGCAGAGAAUCAGCUCAGCUGGCUGCCGUAGAGGCUUUGCGCUCCAUUGCAAUGGGGGGCGCCUGCGCCAGGCCAACAAAUACAAAAGUGCAGGAGGCGGCUGCAUUGCCUCCAGCGCAGAAGAACUGGCUCGACGCUGCAUCGAAGCGACCUCCUCCUGCAGUCGCACCUGCCACAGUUCAAGCGGCCACUGUGCCGGGCACCAAAUCCAGCGCAUCGAAUGUAACCGCGUCGAAGGCUUGCGAAGCCCAAUCAAUUGGAGACGGCGCCGUUGGACAGAGAAAAUGGCAAUUACUGCGAAGCUCAGGCGCUUCGGUGCAAGAAUCGUGCGAGACAGGCUCUAGGGUGACGGCGUUCUUAUCCAGCGGUGAUGUAGUGGAGCAAAUUGGACCGGCGAAGAAAGUUGCGCACGAAUCAGGCCUCAUCACGCGGAUUUUUGUCACAUUCCGGAAGCACACGAUUUUUACCGUCCGCGCUUUUCGGGGCUGGGUAUAGUUAAUAUAUAUGUACGUCACGGUUACAAACUAAAUUUUAAUUUGUGACCGUGACGCAUUUUUCCGUUUUCUCGAUCUCGCCUCUAUGGUUUGUGUGUCUGUACAUUGUGUUUCCGCAGUAAUAUGCACCGAGUAAGGGCCACGGAAUGAACACGACUCGCGUAAGUAUCCCGAAAUGGAAAAUCAACGCAACCAAGGUAACCUUGUGCGUGGACGAGCACAGCUACAACUUCACUGAAGUGUUCGGGUUUGGCGAGAAACAGGAAAAGAGGGGCAGCGAGGAGGAACAGGCGCAGGCCUCUCAGGGAAAAUCCUUGAAGCGUAGUCGGGGCGUUGCUUUCGACCUUCCCGAUAUGCAAGCGAUAAAGAAAGUCAAAUCGGAUCCUCCGCCGUCCAUUGAGGAGAAGCAGCCGUCGCAAGAUGCACGUCCAGUGUUGUCAGUUUUAUUACGGCGCAAAAACCAGGAGCACAGAAUACCCGCGUCUUUCGCUCAUUCGAACACGAAAGACGAGACCACGCAGAAAGACAAACCCCAAGGUGAACAAAAAGCAGGACCGCAUGCACCAAGCGGAGCAGGGCCACUGAGCAAGACCACUGCACCACAGGAGCAGACGAAGAAAGCACUCCAGCAAACGGCAACUCACCACCAGCUAGCAGGACUAGAGCGACGGAAGCAAGAGUGCUUGGAAAAAGCGUUGAACCCUGCGCGAGAUUCCGUUUCUGCGUUGCAGGGCGUUUUUCAAAAGUUUACCAGUACGGUGCAAAAGGCUCAGGGCGGGAAUCAGGAACACGAAUCAGCACAGGCUGCUCCAUCAAAGGCCGGAACUGACACGAGUCUUCUAGCCGACCUCAAAUCUUCGGGCAAAUCGUUAAAGGAUGCACAUGACAAAGCCAAAGCAGCAAUUGCAAGGGGUAAAUUUAAUGCAGGAAAAACAUUGCGACUCAAAGAUUGGUUACUGGAAGAAUUGCGUCCCAUGGAGGUCGAACUGUUGAAUUUGGGCAGACAGAUCGACGUGCAGACUUCAGGAGCGGAUCGGAUUAUGCGCGACGCAGGUGCUGGUUCAACGGGCUUAACAGGACACAGCUCCCACAGCAGAGAGAGGUCAAGGACGAAAUCGCCCGAGCGACAGGAAGUCAAAAAAUCGAGCGUCGACAGAUAGGGCGUCCAGAGCGAGGACCAGAAUACGAGAGGUGCGGGGAUGUUGUGGGAUAUACUGAUUCAGAAUGGGACGAUUAUUUCCUAAUGUACCCAGACGCUGUGGAAGUGGAAAACAUAAAAGAGGACGUCGGAAGGUUUUCGAAUAGGUCUGCCACUUAGAGCUACGGGUUCUUGAAAGAGCCCCUGAUCGAGUUUCUCCGGUUCUGUUCAAUCUUUUCUACCACCGUCCCUUUUCACAUUUCUUUGCC